GGGGGAGCGGCGCGGGCGGAAGCGGCCAGGAAGGUCACUUCCGGCCUGGGCGCCCGUCCCCCUGACCCCGGGGUCUGAGUCGCCGCUGCCGCCGCUGCCACCAUCCGCGAGGGAGGAGAGAGGAGGAGGAGUGCGGCGCGGCGGCACCGGGACCGAGGAGGGACCCAGACAUGGAGCUGCGGGAAGAGGCGUGGUCUCCAGGGCCAUUGGAUUCCGAGGACCAGCAGAUGGCCAGCCAUGAGAACCCAGUGGACAUCCUCAUCAUGGAUGACGACGACGUCCCCAGCUGGCCCCCAACCAAGCUGUCCCCGCCCCAGUCGGCGCCCCCGGCUGGUCCCCCGCCCCGGCCGCGGCCGCCCGCCCCCUACAUCUGCAAUGAGUGCGGCAAGAGCUUCAGCCACUGGUCCAAGCUGACGCGGCACCAGCGCACGCACACGGGCGAGCGGCCCAACGCCUGCAGCGACUGCGGCAAGACCUUCUCGCAGAGCUCGCACCUGGUGCAGCACCGGCGCAUCCACACGGGCGAGAAGCCCUACGCCUGCUCCGAGUGCGGCAAGCGCUUCAGCUGGAGCUCCAACCUCAUGCAGCACCAGCGCAUCCACACGGGCGAGAAGCCCUACGCCUGCCCCGACUGCGGCCGCAGCUUCACGCAGAGCAAGAGCCUGGCCAAGCACCGGCGCUCGCACAGCGGCCUCAAGCCCUUCGUGUGCCCGCGCUGCGGCCGCGGCUUCAGCCAGCCCAAGAGCCUGGCGCGCCACCUGCGGCUGCACCCGGAGCUGUCGGGGCCUGGCGUGGCGGCCAAGGUGCUGGCGGCCAGCGUGCGCCGGGCCAAGGCACCCGAGGAGGCGGCGGCGGCGGACGGCGAGAUCGCCAUCCCGGUGGGCGACGGCGAGGGGAUCAUCGUGGUGGGCGCGCCGGGCGAGGGGGCCGCGGCGGCCGCAGCCAUGGCGGGCACGGGGACCAAGGCGCCGGGACCCCGCUCGCGGCGCGCCCCGGCCCCCAAGCCGUACGUGUGCGUGGAGUGCGGGAAGGGCUUCGGGCACGGGGCCGGGCUCCUGGCCCACCAGCGCGCCCAGCACGGGGACGGGCUCGGGGCGGCGGGGGGCGAGGAGCCCGCGCACAUCUGCGUGGAGUGCGGCGAGGGCUUUGUGCAGGGCGCGGCGCUGCGGAGACACAAGAAGGUCCACGCCGUGGGCGCGCCCUCCGUCUGCAGCCGCUGCGGACAGAGCUACUACCGGGCAGGCGGGGAGGACGACGACGACGACGACGACGAGGCGGCGGGCGGGCGGUGCAGCGAGUGCCGCGGCGGGGAGGGCCGGUAGGGGCGGGGGCCCGGGGGGGCAGGGCCCCUCGGGCUUGGCGGGGACGACGGCGCAGGACCCAGAGACCCGGGGAGAAACGGACAGAGGGCUGCCCCGGACCGGCAGCGCGCUCUAUCCCCUCUCCUCCCGCGGCCUGUGCGGCCCGAGAGGUGCGGCGGGCCUGAGGCGGGACGCUGGGGACGCUCACCGGGCCGCCCGGCCCUUCCCCGCGCCCGGCCAUCGGCCUGGCCUGAUCCUUGUAGGUUCUCGGCCGAGCCCGAAUCAAGACGUUGUGUGAGAACUAGAGAGACCAAGAUACGACAAAACCCACGAGCGAAAGACCAUUUUCCCUCUUUCUCUUCCCCCACCAACGGGGGGUGUUGAGAAGAUGGCGAACAUUGGGACCUUUCCACUCGGAGGGGCCCCAGAGAGGGAAGGGAAAGAGGGGUCCUUUUCCCUUUUAGAAUUUUCUUUAUAAUCAUAUCCCUUUCCUGACCCCGCCUACCUAUUAUUUUCUCUCUUCUUCGCGGGUCCCAUCCUUUUUCCUCGCCCUUGUCCUUCCUCCCCCUCCUGGAUCUGGGGUAGCAGAGACGUGCUGGAGCGGAACUAGCCCCUGUCCCAGGCGCACCCCGCAGAAAAUGGGUUCCCGUCUCAUCCCGGGCCUGGGCACGGUUGGAGGAGGGGUGCAGGGGGCAAUAAAUCGCACUAUCCAAUUGUC